AUGAUCAACAGCAAGCUGCAGAGCUGUAUACUUAUCACUGGCUAUUUUGCUUACCUUGUGCUGGGUGCUCUCACCUUCCAGGCUUUGGAGAAAGAUGCUAAGACAAAGCAACAAAACAUCAUUUUAAGGAUGAAGGAGAACUUCUUGAAGAACAUGACCUCUUGCAGCCCAGCGGAGGUUGAGCUCUUUGUGGAGAGUUUGAUGGAAGCUGUAGAAAAGGAGCUUCGCUAUAAGCAAAACAACUGGGAUUUCAGCAACUCCUUCUUUUUCGUUGGUUCUAUGUUGGCCACAAUAGGUUAUGGAAACCUCUCUCCCAAAACAGAAGGCGGCCAGCUCUUCUGUGUGUUUUUUGCUCUUUUUGGAAUCCCUUUGAAUAUUGUCUUCCUGCACCAUAUCGGCAACAUGAUCGCGAUGCUCUGUGAAAGGCUGGCCAAAUGGCUAUAUGAGAAGGGAGUGCAGAAGAAAACAACCAGGUGUUUGACUCUUCUGUUCUUCCUGGUGAUGGGAAUUCUAGUGUUUCUUUGCCUACCUUCAGCCAUCUUUCAGGAGAUGGAGGGCUGGACCUAUGGUGAAGCAAUUUACUUUGCGUUUAUUACCCUCAGCACCAUUGGUUUUGGGGAUUAUAUAAUAGGUAAACAGCAUGACCGAGACUAUUUCCCCGGCUACCGGAUUUUGGUAGCCAUUUGGAUUAUCUUUGGACUCGCCUGGAUUGCUCUCCUGUUUAAUCUACUGACCACACUGUUGGAAGAUUCCAGUGAAAACCCCACGGAGGAAUAUCUUCAAGUUGCCGUAGUUCCAAGGAAAGGUCGCUUAAAAAAUGACUUCUUAUAGCACACUGGGUAGAAAAAUUAAUUAUAACAGAAAGAGGACUGGUAUUCUGUUCUUUAUUUAUUCUCAAAAUUUGCCAGCUAACUUUUUGCAAAUAAAAUAUGAAGUAAUCAUGAAUGCUGCAAAGAAAUUUAGCACAUACUAUUCAGUUCUGCAGAGAAUGAGAAACUG